CCAUUUUCCUAUUUUGACAAAACAGAAACUAGAGAGAGAGAGAGAGAGAGAGAGAGAGAGAGAUUAAGAGAUCUGUAAUGGGUGCUUUGGUUAAGCUUGUAGACGCAAUACUCUUCCUCGUAUUCACUGUGAUCGCUCUUGCUGCGCCACUCAUUGACGGACAGACUUGCCUUUCUGUAGAUCUCUUCCCUAAGGUUCUCGUCGAUCUCAAGCUCUGGUACACCAGCGAAUAUGGCGAUUACUUGUUCACCGAUAAGCCCAAUUUUUUUGUGGGUCUUGUUUGGCUCGAGCUUCUCUUCCAGUGGCCCCUCUGUCUCGCCAAUCUUUACGCCAUUUUGGCUGGCAAGUCUUGGUUUCCCACCACUUGCUUGAUCUAUGGCGCCUCCGCUUUCACUUCCAUGGCUGCGAUAUUAUCAGAAUUGAUGAGGUCCAACAAGGCAUCAGAUAAGCUGCUGAUGAUGUACUCCCCUUUCAUGGGUUUUGCUGUUUUAGCAAUUUUGCGAGGCCUCCUAACACACUCUGGCAAGACUACAGCAGCUGGCAAAAGACCUGUACUGAAUAGGAAGAAAAGGGCUUGAAUUCUUCUAACUGUGGGUCUAAGAUUUUGUAUUUUAUUCUCUUAUUUUCAGAGGCUUCUUCAUUGGCUUUUUGCAGUUGGCUGAUAUUCUUCCUGUAUUCGCUAUACUCAAGUUUAUGGUUUAUAAAUGAGAUUUUUUUUUGGCCAUUAUGAAA